GGGCUUGGAGACGCUCCGAUUCUUCUCCCCCCGCCCGCCCGGCUCUCCAGGAGAACAGCGGCCGCGGGGGAGGGCCGGGCUGCUGGGAGGAGCCCCGUGCCCCCAGUGGCUGCCCUGCCAAGCCCGGGGCGCUGGACUCGGGGCCGCACAUGGCGGCGGGGGGUGGCUAGCGGCCCCCAUGGCCACCGGACAAGGCGAGGGUCCAAGCGAGCGCAAGCUCCGCCGCGCCGCGUCUGCUGCGCCACGGGGGCCGCUCCGGGGCCCGCGGGCCGAGUCUCAGGCGCGCUACGCCCGCCCCCGCGCGGGGACUGGUCUGCCCCGGGGACAGAUGUCUCCGGAGCUCCGGCAGCUGGGGCGCAGCUGGGCUUUGCCGGAGUGAAACCAGCCGCGUGGGGAGCGGAGCUGCCGGGCUGCACAGGGGAAGAAGCCAGCCCCGUUCCCACUCAGGGUCGCCCGCUCCUGGGAACCCCGGCGUGGGUCUCUGCCCCUCACUGUUCCUGCCCCCGGGGCCACCACCGCCCAUGGAGAGUAAAGAGGAUGUCAGCGACACGGACAGCGGGAUCAUGCUGCACUCAGGCCUGGACAGCCCCGUGUCUCUGCUGAAGGACAUGACCCAUGCGGUGCGCAAGCAGCAGCAGGAGCUGGCGGUGCGGCUGGAGGCCUGUCUGGUGGAGCUGAGGAAGCUGUGUCUGCGCGAGGCAGAGCUCACGGGCGUGCUGCCACAGGAGUACCCCCUGAAGCAGGGGGACAGACCCCCCAUGGUGCGGCGGAGGAUUGGCACCGCAUUCAAACUGGACGAGAAGACAAUCAUCUCACGAGGAGUGGACCCGCUGAGCACGCUGGAGAGAGACCUGGCCUUGCAGCUGCAGAUUGCCGCAGCCACGCAUCGCCUCUACCGGGAAGAGAACAUCAGCAAGCACAUCAAGAAGUGGCGGAAGAACAUGGUGCUGAAGGAGGAAAAGAAGCUGAAGGAGCUGGAGAUUGCCCUCAAUGAGUGCCGCUUGAGGGCCACGCAGGAGCCCAGGUCCAGCAUCAUGGCCCUAGGGGAGCUGAGCUCCUCGGAUGACAGCUCCCUCUCCGAUGCCAUCCUGCUGGAGGAGGAAGAAACCCAGGCUCCGAAUCAUCAUGCUGCCCAGCAGCUCAUGGUGCCAGUCCAGCCCAGCACACCGCACAGCUCCCUGGCUCUGCCCGCCCGCUCUGCCCCUCCCCAGCAAUGUGAGGGUCUGCCACACACGCAGGGCAAGGUCCUAGAGCUGGAGCGCUCUCCCAUCCAGAACAGCCCCUGGAAGGAGACCAGCCUUGAUAGGCUCUAUGAGAAGCCCAAGAAGCACGUGGCUGAGCCCUGCAGCCUGCCAAGCAGCCCAGCCGGGACACCCAUGCCAGCACCUGCCCGCAGCCCAGCCGCUCAGAGGACACCUGAGACGCCCCCCUACCACUUUGUCCCCAUCCGGACCUUGGCCUUAUGGAGCCAGGCUGGUUCCAGUGGGCCCCCGACCCCAGAGAUGCAGGCGAGGCGAGGGCAAUCUCAGUCCAUGAGGGUGGAUGUGUCCCGGGACCGAGCGGAGCCCCGGGGGAGAAGCGUGCUGCCAAAACGACGCCCCACCUACUACACCGUCACCGCCCCUGACUACUGCUUCCCUUCAUCCAAACCCGGCCUGGCCUCCCACUCCGUCUACCACUCCAGUUCCGAGGACAGCAACUCGGACGUCUCCAGAAUCACGUACACCCUGUCGCCUGGCAGCAGCAGCCCUGACACUUUCCUGAGGCCGGUGCCCGCGCCGUCCACGGAGCAGCCCUCGUCAGAGUUCAGGGGCCUGCGCUCCGUGGGGCCCGAGGCAGCGUACUAUUACCAGAGCCCCCACAAGCAGCUGCUGCCUCCCAGUUACUUCCCAGCUGUGGAGUAUGUGGCUGGGCGGGAGUUCUGCCGGGGCUACCCCUUGCUGCGGGCUGGUAGCCCAGCUCCGUUCCCCUAUGAGCAGGAUGUGGUGCAGCUGCGCUGCCAGUGGCUGGGCCCGGCCCCCAGCAGGCUCCUGCGCACCCCGUCCCUCAAGGACUACGCCCCGGGUAGCGGCAAGACCCUCGCCAAGUCGGCCGUGUCGGAGGAGCUGAAGUCGUGGCACGAGCGCACCAAGCUGCGGAACUUACGGCCACACUCACUGGACAGGCAGGGGGCCUUCCGCGUGCGGAACACGCCGGGCAGGGAGCUGUACGCCUCGCGCUCCGCCGGGCAGCAGGCUCAGGUGUGUCAGAUCCAUGUCCUGAAGCAGUCCACCGAGGGAGCUCCUGUGCAGGUCUACGUGCCAGAGAAUGGGGAGGUCAUCACUCAGGUCUAGACCCGGCCUGGGCCUGCUGCCAAGCCCUCGCCAAGAGAGCCCCGCGCCCAGCUGGUGAGAAGUGGUGGCAGUGAGCCUGGGCACGGGGGCUUACUUAGGAAGCCAGCUGGUUGCCCUGGAUGGGGCUAGCAAGGGGGCAGGACCCCGGGUGCACCAGUCCUGACCAUGUUAUUUGGACACUGCCAUUUGGAAGAACUGGAUUCAUUCUGGCGUUGCCACCUUCCGAGGCGUUUCUCUUUGGGCUGUGGGGUGCCUCCUUCCACAAGAAUUCCCCUCUGUCUGUCUGUGGGUUUGUGUGGGCUGCAGUAGAGGAGGAGGGCCGGCUUAGGGCCACAACCUCCUGUGCGGCUUGGGGCUGGACUGCUUCGGCUGCUGGAUAUUCGCCAAGGGACAGACGUCCUUGCUUCACAGUGUCAUGCAGCGGAUAAGAAUAGUAGCAGUUGUUUUGUGAUCAUGCAAGCAGCUGCUGGGGUAAUGGUACUUUGCUAAUAGAGAGACACCUGCAGGGUCAUGCGUUAUGUGUCAUGGUUCAGGCCAGUGCCAGGGAAUUGUCCUCUUGUUGAUUCAGCAUAGAAGCUGCUGGUUUGCUGAGCACCCCACUACCUCAGUGCAAAUGGCACAUUCCUGGAGAAUGCAGCAAGGGCAGUCAAGAUCAGAGUGUUUGGGCAAUUGGGGAAUGGGAGGAUUUGAUUGGCUGCUAGUCUUGCUGCAGUCCCAUAAACCAUUGCAGCUCUCCCACAGGGAGUAUGUGCGUUGCCCCUUUCUAGGCUCUAGAUCAGUUGUUUUCAAAGCCGGUCCGCUGAUUGUUCAGGGAAAGCCCCUGGUAGUCCAGGCCGGUUUGUUUACCUGCCGCGUCCACAGGUUUGGCCGAUCGCGGCUCCCACUGGCCGCGGUUCGCCGCUCCAGGCCAAUGGGGACUGCGGGAAGGGCACCCAGCACAUCCCUCGGAUCCGCGCUGCUUCCCAUAGCCCUCAUUGGCUUGGAGCGGCAAACCACGGCCAGUGGGAGCCACGAUCAGCCAAACCUGCGGAUGUGGCAGGUAAACAAACCAGUCCAGCCCGCCAGGGGCUUUCCCUGAAUAAGCGGCGGACCGGCUUUGAGAAGCACUGCUCUAGAUCCUUCUCUUUCAGUUGUAUUGAAGAGAGAAGUCAAAGGAGGCCAUCUGCCCCGCUGUGCCAGCAGGAGGCGCAGUUUACAAUUAUAUUUACCUGGCUCCCGCCUUCUAAGACCUUGUGGCUUGAAGCAUGGGGAAUACCACCCCACUGUACACAUCAGGCAUUGGUGAGAAUAAGUGACUGGCCAGAGUCCUACAAGGAGUCAGUGGUGGAGGCAGGGUUAGAACCCACAUCGUCGAACGCAGUCGACCCCCAAGCCCAGCCUGGAGAGGUGAACAGAGCAUUGGCCAAGGAAUUAUGAUACAGUAGAACCUCAGAGUUACGAACACCUCGGGAAGGAGGUUGUUCAUAUCUCUGAAAUAGUCGUAACUCUGAACAUAACGUUCUGGUUCUUUAAAAAGUUUACAGCUGAACAUUGACUCAAUACAGCUUUGAAACUUCACUGUGCAGAAGAAAAAUGCUGCUUUUAACCAUCUUAAUUUAAAUAAAACAAGCACA